AUGGGAGGCAAAGCCUUCAGGACGUGGGUACGGAGUCUCUUUUACUUUUUACUUUGUUUGGCAUUUCUUGUUCAUUCGGCACACUGGCUCGUCUCAUUGCCCGGAAGGCACAAUGUCAGAGGGCCACUGCUGUUUCUACGCCUUUUUACUGUUCAUGACAUUGUUAGACGUUUUUUUAUUUUUUUUUUCUCUUCAUGCCAACUUGUACCGGCAUCCACUAGAGUGUUUGGGAUCGGGGUUGGAUACAUUCAGUUUAUGGGAAGGCAGGUUAUCUGCUCUUCGACAUGUGGAUGGUGA